AUGAGGUUAGCUAUUCUUUUAGCAUUCGCUUCACUGGCGCUCUGUCCCUAUCUUGUCGACUCCGGCUGGCCAAUUGCAGAAAAUGGAAAAGUUUGUAAAUCGCAAUGUUUGAAAAACUUCAGAUUGGACUACUACACCUGUGCCACCAACUUGUUUGAGCCCUGGAAUAAUAUUGAAAAAUGUAAUCCGGCAAGAGUAGUCGGUAAUGGAAAAUCGGUGUUAACAAAUACCCAACUAGAAUUCUGCAUGAGCGAGUGUAGAACGCAAGGGCACUCUUACACCUGGUGCUGGACGCACACGAGCUGGGACUAUUGUGAACCAAGUUCGACUAGGAUUCGGCAGCAUAUAACCAGAUGGGGAGAAUAUUGCAUAGGACCUUGCACUAAAGAUGGGUCGGACUAUUACUGGUGCAGGCGUGGAUCGGCUUACGACUCGCUUGAUAAUUGGGACUAUUGCUCACCGGAAGUGGGACUAACGCGAUUCGCGUUCAAAUGCAAGCCGGGACAUCCGUGCGCCAAGCAUGUCGGAAAAGAAUACUACUGGUGUUACGUCGAAUCCAAUCAUUUCAAAUGGGAUUGGGAUUAUUGUAGCCCGCCUUACGAUUUGCAUGAAUUCAUGGACGACUAUAGCUUGAAUUAUGUGGGCAAUUUCAACGUGCCGGACGAACAAGACUUGCAUCGGAGUUGUCAAGUUAGGAGCAAACGCUCCCCGGGAGAUUGGCCGAGCUAUCCUUUCCUUUACCGAAUUUUAGCAGGUGGGAGGAUUUUACCUCAGGAACGGGACAUCAACGAAGGAACUGGUCUUGACGGGAUAGAAAGUAGAUCGCUGCGCAACAAUCGAGAAAGACCAACUAUUAACCAACGACUUCAGAUUCCCAUACAUGUGGCGCGAAACCCAAAUGACACUCCGUGGAUAUCAACAUCGGCUAAUUUUGAACUACAAGAUUGCACAAUUCGAAGGAACGUUGAAAGGCGAUACAGGUAUAAUAAUAAUAGAGAUGUCCAUCAACUCUAUCUGGUUACCAUAGAUGUCCGUUACCUUACUGCUGGAAGUCAGGGGCAUCUCAAUCAACGUACUGUUGUGAAUUUGGAUGACUAUCGCAUCAGGAAUGUACUACUAUCAUCUAAUAUGCAGGCACUUAAUUAUGCGCGUAGAUGGAACGAAGUGUUAAUCUAUUGGGCAGUACCUUCCCAGGCAAUCGUUAACAGCAGAAGAUACUAUUUCAAUCGAUACACAAAUCGAGUGGAGGUUAUAGAAAUUUUUAAUCCCAAUUACUGCAGAGAAGGUUGCAACGAACAAAGACCAAAGGAUGAAGAUUUUUCCGAUGAGGAUCGCUCCUAUGGCGGAGGUUACCCUAAUCAUGUAUAGGUUAGAUAAUUCCGA